UUUUCCUUUACAGCUGUUUCCAGCCUGCUGGCAGAGCUCUGCAAAAAAUGGAUCUGUCUGACCACAGAGACAUGGCCAAACAACCGGCCAGCGCUCCCACCGGCUACAUCCCUGCGCCGCAGUCCGACGGAGCCGCGGGACUUACAGGAAACAAACCGGACAACACGGCAGCGUGCCCGCCGUCCACUCCUCGCCAUCACCCGGCGCCUCAGCCGCCGCCUCCUUGUAACGAGCGCAACACUUUUUGUCCCGCGGAAAAUAAACCGGGGGAACCGGACAGCAAUAAAGAAUACGGGACGUUUAAAAACACCCCGCCGGCCGUCCCCGGAUCCGUUGCCGUUAAUUCGGCCUUGAGGAAGGAUUCCAUCGGUUCGGCCCGCGGGGGGUCCGCCCAGUACGGCGACCCGCUCCGGGCCACCGCUGAGCAGAACAACACCGCAGGCAACUGGACGUCUAUGAGCCAGACCACCAUCAUACUGGGAACAGAUGGGAACACGUCUGUACAGCCUGGAACCGUGGCGGGGGUUAACGAAGAUGAUGACGAAGGGGGUGAUGAGAAUAAGGCCAGAGGAAACUGGUCUAAUAAACUGGAUUUUAUUCUGUCCAUGGUUGGCUAUGCAGUGGGACUGGGAAACGUGUGGAGGUUUCCUUAUCUUGCCUUCCAAAACGGGGGAGGAGCUUUUUUGAUCCCCUACCUGACCAUGCUGGGCAUCGCUGGGAUCCCAAUCUUUUUGUUGGAGGUUUCCCUCGGCCAGUUUGCAAGCCAAGGGCCAGUGUCAGUGUGGAAAUGCAUCCCCGCUCUGCAAGGUUGCGGGAUUGCCAUGUUGAUAAUAUCUGUCUUGAUAGCCAUAUACUAUAAUAUUAUAAUGUGCUGGACACUGUACUACCUGUUCGCUUCGUUGAAGGGCUCACUGCCAUGGGCUAACUGUAGGAAUGAGUGGAACACGGUGGAAUGUAAGGACAAAGACAUGCUGCUGUUAGACUCAUGCAUCCUGCGGGACAGAAACAUCACGUCCAUCAAGAACUCCACUUUCUGCACGUUGGCAAACACAGCGGGAAACCUGACAAAGCUGCUAAACAUGAGUAUGGAUGGAAACAAGACAUAUGUCAGCCCCAGCGAGGAAUACUUUAAGUACAAUGUGCUGCACAUUUCCAAAGGGAUUGAAUAUCCAGGAGACAUCCGCUGGCCUCUGGCCGGCUGUCUCUUCUUGGCCUGGCUCAUUGUCUACGCCUCUUUAGCCAAAGGAAUCAAGUCAUCGGGAAAGGUGGUGUAUUUCACCGCCACGUUCCCUUACGUGGUGCUCGUCAUCCUCCUGAUCAGAGGAGUGACCCUCCCCGGUGCGGCUGACGGCAUCCUCUACUUUAUCACACCAAAAUGGGAGAAACUAAAUGAUGCAAAGGUGUGGAAAGACGCUGCCACUCAGAUCUUCUUCUCCCUGUCGGCUGCUUGGGGCGGCCUCAUCACGCUGUCUUCUUACAAUAAGUUCCACAAUAACUGCUACAGGGACACUAUCAUAGUGACAUGCACAAACAGCGCCACCAGUAUAUUUGCUGGGUUUGUCAUCUUCUCUGUCAUUGGUUUUAUGGCACAUGAGUUAAAGGUGCCAAUAGAGAAGGUGGCUGAUGAAGGUCCAGGUAUAGCUUUCGUGGUGUAUCCAGAGGCUCUGACCAGACUUCCCCUGUCUCCUUUCUGGGCAAUCAUCUUUUUCCUUAUGCUCCUGACCCUUGGCCUGGAUACUAUGUUUGCCACCAUCGAGACCAUAGUCACCUCUGUGUCAGAUGAGUACCCCAAAUACCUGAGGAAACACAAGCCGAUCUUCACCCUGGUCUGCUGCGUCUCUUUCUUCAUCCUGGGAUUUCCCAUGAUCACAGAGAGUGGGAUGUACAUGCUCCAGUUGGUGGACACGUUUGCGGCCUCCUAUUCUUUGGUCAUCAUUGCUAUCUUUGAGCUGGUGGGGAUUUCGUACCUCUAUGGCCUACAGAGGUUUUGUGAGGACAUUGAAAUGAUGAUUGGUUUCCAGCCAAACCGAUUCUGGAGACUGUGCUGGGCCUUUGUGACUCCAACCAUUCUGACGGUAUGUUUGUUUUUGCUCAUCUCAUUCUCUGGUAUGCGCAUACACCGCCUGAAGCUGGUCUGCUCCCCUCAGCCUGACUGGGGUCCUUUCCUGAUGAAGCACCGUGGAGAACGCUACCAGAACAUGAUCGACCCACUGGGAACCAGCUCCCUGGGCCUCAAGCUGCCCCCCAAGGACUUCCAGCUUGGUUCUUACCAGUAGCAGCCAUCCUGACAGCACCACAUCCACCACUUCCAAGCCCUGUAGGAGGCACUGGUGGGUGGUGGGAAUCGUCUCCAUCCCCACGUCUUCUCCCUUCUCUCUCUCUCCUGCUCUGUUUGCUUCUUGUCUUCUUUGCUUUAUCGUGGAUGUGGAAACAAGCUCCUUCUCUUCUUCCUUUAUGUCUGCAUCAUGUCCUUUCUUCUCUCAGGGAGGAGUAGCUGCCCAAGUGGAGUCUACUCUUCUACUGCUGCUUUGUACACUCUUAAUGGGCUACCAUUGCCUCCCACACAUGACCGCUGAUUACUCCAGAACCCUUCCCAGGGAUCUUUAUUCCAAGAGAAAAAUUGUGUCAUAAAAUGACACAGCUCAGACUGCACUUGCAAUAUUAGACUCACCCUAGUUGCUCCCUAUGGAGUUGUGUGUAUUUCUCUGUGUGUGCGCGCGUGAGUUUAAGUGUAUGUGCGUGCCAUCAAAUUCGUGUGUACAGAUAAUGAAUCAUCUUGGUGCAAGCAGACACAGGAAAACAAAAAGAAAAUUGAGCGACAGAGAAAAAAAACCCCCAAAAACAAAAAACGGCACAACGAGCUCAGUGGGGAUCUUUGUUUGGUUCCAUCUGUGUACAAAAUUCCAUCGGCAAUACAAAUAAUAUCAACUGCCUGGAAAGAAAAAAAACAAAACACAAUAUGCUCUGUUAUCACAUUUUGUUCCU